AUGAAAAUUCGAUUAUUAUCAAUUAUAACAAUCAUUAUACAAUGCAUUCCAUCCAUCUUAUCAGCUACGUCGAAUAAUCAAAAAGAAAGUUCAUCAUCUUAUUAUUAUGUGGUACGUUCACCAAAAGUUGAAAAACGAUCAUAUACAGAAGAUGAAGCAUUAACACAUCAGAAAGAAAAAACAAAAAUUGAUACUGCUAUUCAAACAUAUACAAAAACAACAAAUACAUCCUCUUCACUUCUGUCUCCAGCAUCAUUAUCAAUAACAUCAUCAUCAUCUUAUGGUAAUAAUGUGAAAAAGAAUAAUGGUGCAUACAAUGUUAAACCUAAUGUAACUAUGAAUGCAGAAAGUAUAUAUCAAGAUAAAAAUUCAUUGAAAUAUGUGAAAACUGUAAAAAAACGUCGAGAAAUCAGUGAAGUUAUUAAACAUAUACCAAAAUCGACAUAUAAUCAACAAUCGAAUAAAUAUACUGAUCAGAAUAAGAAAACUAAUAAUUAUAAUGAUAAAAAGGAAACAAAGAAUUACAAUAAUGUUAAGAAGAAAUACACAUAUUCUGAUAGUAGUAGUAGUAAAACCUAUAAUAACCAAAGACGUUAUAAUGAAAAUCGUAAUAUCGGGAAUAAUAACAAUUACAAUCGUAACGGUAAUCAAAACUAUCAGAAUGGUUAUCGUGCUUACAAGUACAACCAUAAUGGUAAUAAUAAUAAUGACCGGAAUAAUUUCGAUGACAAAUCUAAUUACAAUUACAAUAAUGAUCGUAAUAACCACAAUAACAAACAGAUGAAUCAAAAUGUCAAUUAUAAUAUCAAUAACAAUGACGCUUACAAUGGAUAUGAUAAUUACAAAACCAACAAUCAUCCUGAACGUAAUAUACCCUAUCAAAAUAACAAUAAAUAUAAUAACAUUGAAAAUAAUGUGAAUAAUGAUAAUAGUAAUAAUAAUUAUCAUGAUAUGUACAAUACUAAAGAUUAUGAAACUAACAGAAAUCCUGUUAAUUAUGGUAGUAGUUAUAUUAGAAGUAAAUUAGGUAAACCAGACUAUUCUACUCCUGCAGAAAGAAAUAAUGAACAAAAUUAUCCAUCAACGCCAAAUACAGCGAAUGAACAAUCAGACAAUCAAGAAAGUAAUCAAUAUGGGAAAGAAAAAGAGAAAGAUACAGAUUUUAAUUCAGUAGGACAAGAUGUUAAUCCCUUGUCCAGUUUAAAUCCUUUUGGUGGUUUGUUCAGUUUAGGACAAAUGGGAAAUGGAGGGUCAGGUUUUUAAAUUUUAUGCUAACUAAAUGAUUAACAAUUACUCAAAUUCAUGGAUAUAUUGUAACAAAACUAUGUUUUAUUUUUA